CUAAACAUUUUACGAGGAUAUCAUGUAAAUUAAAUACAUAGAAAAUGUUAGAUCAUACCGGUAUACAAGAUGAGGAAACAAUGGAAGUAGAUGAUUCUGAAGAACGAGAAAAUAUUCUCGGUUUUCGACCACAAAAAGAAAUUGUUUAUAAUAAACUCUUGCCAUAUUCAGCGGAUAUUGAUGAAGAAUCUAAUGAGGCAUUGGCCAAGAUUAAAUUAAAUUUGUCAAAAUCUGUCUUGGCGAAAGAAUUGAGGCCGAGUGUAUUGCAUUGGACAAGGCAAUUAAUCAAGUACAUACGUUUAUAUGGACUGAAGUUUUCCAAAGAAGAUCAUGUUAUUUUUAUUAAUAUCUACCUGGAAUUAAUGGCCAUACCAGAUAUUGAAGUAACUCUUGUUGAAUUAUUUAUAUCUGCUCUGACAAAACUACUCAAGAAACGAGAGCUUUUAUCCCGAUCGGAACUAGUUAUUGAAUGGCGUCCUUUGCACGAUCUGUGCCAAAGAAUCCUGUAUUCCAAAAAUGAAGCAAUGGGAUUGGAAUGGUUUCCUUCUUCUAUUGACGGCAAUUUGAAAGCUAUAAUAAGACUUUGUGCAGUAUAUUUUCCAUCAAGUGCCACUCAAGAAAUGUUGGAUGAAUGGCGUCCAUUACUAUGUCCAUUUGACAUCACUGUGGCCCAAGGAUUGAAAUACAUGGAACUCUUCUUGCCGACUUUGUCUACGACUGAAGAGGAACGCUCAAAUUCAUGGAAAUUAUGGUUUGACGAAAUAUUCACAGUCUGGGAAUCAAUACAUAACGGCCCAGCUUUUGAAGCGCAUCUGAUUGGUCUCUUCGCACGUCUCGCACUUCAUAACGUUGGAUACAUUGACUGGGGACCACAUUGUGGAAAGAUUUUGACCAGACUUCUUCGUACAUUUCGUCUUCCUGUCGGUAAGCUAAACCACAUGGCAAAAGUAUCUGUGCCGUUGCAGCAUGAUGCUAUAGCAAGAUGGACAGUUGCAAUGAUAGGAGGACCUUCAUCUGAUGUUGUGUUGCAACAUAUUGAAAAUAUGUUUAAAUCCAUUGAAUCCUACUAUUAUCCUUCAAACUAUGGAAAAUGGACUCAAAUUCUUCUCUCCUUUCUUCAAAGCAUCACUUACAAGUUCACAUAUCGUAUUCAUAAGGAAAGAUACAAGAAGGAUUCAUGGGAGGGAAAGACUCCGAAAUCUCAUCAAAUAACAGAUGCUCAGAUCAGCAGAUUUGUGGAGGUUGUGAAGCCGGUCACAUUUCUUGCAUUAUACAGCAAGUUAGGAACAAUGCAAGCUUCAAAAGUUCUACAAAACCUCGCAACUCUCAGACCUGAAUUGGUGUUGCCAGAAUUAUUGGAAAAGUCAUACGUUGCACUUGAAACUCUCACAGAACCUCAUCAGUUGAAAGGUUGCAUGUCGGCUUUAACUUCUACUCUCCGCACGACAAUGCGUUAUUCAAAAUGGUAUACAGAAGGUCGAUCGCACGUGAUUCCGUUGUUAUUUCGAGCUCUGCCUGCUAUUGAUUCUAAUGACUUACCCAAAUCAUUGGUUGCGUUCCAUUUUAUCAGUACCUGUUUCACACUGAUGCCAAUAAAAGACUGCAGUGGUUCGAUUCAACAACAUCCCGACUUAACAGAAGAAGAAAAGAAUUUGUGUCUCGCAACUGCAGAAUUGCCUGAUUUUGUGAUUCAAUUUCUUGACAGAAUUUUUUCAGUUGUUGAGUCGCUCAACCAGGAACAUUCAACCCAGUCAGUUGAAUCAGGGAAUGAUAAUGAAGGGAAAUUCAACGCUCAGGAAACCAUCAUGAUCAGCGCUAUCCAUUCAUCUGUUGCUAUCACUUUGAUACAAUGCUCUGAUGAAAUUUUCCAGAGAUGUCUUCAAAAAAUAUUUGAUUUCACAUCAAAUCGUUUAAUUGAUGGAACAAGUGCUGUUACCUCGGUGAUGAAUCUCGUUGCCGCGGCUGCAAAAGCAAAACCUGUAAUUGCAUCAAAAAAAUUUAUUCCUUAUUUUUGCAAUGAAAUUAAAGAAUUAUUCAAAGAAAAUCCUCAUUUGCAUUUGGAAGAGAAAACAGACAAACAACUGCAAUGGAAUCUUGCAGUAUUGUGUGGGGUUUGCAAAUGUUCUGGGAGAUUGUUGCUCGAAUACAAGGAAGAAAUAUUUGAAAUUCUCGAUCUUACAUUGAAAGUGGAAGCUAAACUGGCUUACCAGCAGGCAUGCAAACUUGCUAAAGAAUGUCUUACAUCCCUAACAAGUUAUUAUGAGACAGAGCUUGGAAGCGUGAACCCUGGGAAAACAAAGGGUGACGAUUAUCUGCCUAUUAGGGAUUGGGGAAAAUGUGUGUCUCCAUGGCAACUGGAAAUGACUUGGCAUGAACCCGAUAAAGCGGAAAUAAUGAUGGGAUUUGAAAUGAUUGACAGAUACCUGUUGCCAGAAUUGGAAAUAUUGAAGAACUAUGCAUGCAGUCAAAAAGAUUUGUCAAAGGAUGAUUUGCUACGAAAUCUGACCAUUAUCUACAGCUUCACAGUUGGAUCGUGCCACCUUCUGCCAGACAAUGAAGAAAAUAAAGUUGAAAUAAAAGGUCGUAAGAAUAUAGUCGAUCUAAAAAGUUGGAAUGUGAAAACGUUAUCCUUGACUGAGCAAUAUAAAAAAGUUGUCACAGAAAGAGGAAAGAAAGCUUUUGGUCUUAGACGUCAUAUCUUUGAAACUGUCAAAAAUGGUCUUUGGCGUGUCAUGGAGACAAAAGAAGAUGAUGUAAAGUCAAUUCUGAAGAUCGUUGCCAUCUACAGUGAAUGUUUGAUGUUUCAUGAACUUUAUAAGAAUGAGUUUGAUAAACAUUGGACAAUAUUUGCAAAUGGGAAAAGAGCAAUGCAAGAUACUCUUCGUGGGAACAAGCGUCAUCAACGUCUCUUGGUGAUAGACAGAGUGAUUCUGCAGCACCAACUUCGAACGCUCGCGUAUAAUCGAACACAGUACAAUGAAAUUACCCAUAAUGCAAUGCUGGAUCUUCUCAAGUUGUCUGUCUCACAUUAUAGCGCAGUGCGUAUCGCUGCUCAGCGUGUUUUCUUUCGUGGUAUGCAACUUAACCCAUACAAAGCAGAACAACACUACCUCCCUCUAGUGUUAGAAAAUCUUCGUAAAGAUCCAGUGGAAAAUCACAAGCAGUUAAAAGGAACGCUUCAUUUGUUACAUGGACAGAUUGAUCCCACAUCGUCAGCCGUUAUGUCGAUGCAUCUCGGUGGUUUAUCCAAAGUGUCAUUGCCAAGUGAGUCUUUGUCAGCUGGUGGUAAAAACUCAAGCUAUCUGGCAUAUCUACAUCAAUGGGACGUUAUCUCACAAGUAUGGCCAGCUUUGAUCAAUGCUCCACACUCUGAUCGGCCAUCCAUUGUGAAAUUGUACAACAAACUCGCAUUCAAAAUACAAUCAACAUACAAUACUAUUGCAAUACAAGUACAGGUCAGUCCAGGAGCAGUAAAGGCAGCAGAAAACAUGUUGGAAUCUUCGAGCCAACCCCAAGUCGGUGAAAUCACAUUGACAGGAGUUGAAGAAAGAUUGCGAGAACAAAAUAAAGAAAACCUAAUGUUGUAUAACAAGCUGGUAGAUGAUUUGAUGGACACUGUGGAAAAUGGGAAAUUGUCGUGGCGUUACAAGCAUCUUGCUUCUGGUUUUUUGUCUUUCAUGCUUCGUUGGGAUGCCUCUUUGAACCCUCGAGUGGCCAGAUUUUUUACAUCAGGAUUGAUUGACGAUGCGUUAUCGUUUCGCAGAGUUUGUAUUAUAGCGAUGGCGUCUAUUUUGAAAAUACAACAAAGGAAAAGAAAAAGAGUCAUGCUGACUCCUGAGGAAAUAGGUGGAAUACCGGUUUCAACUAGUUCUAUCCGUCCUGGGGAUCGUCAUGACAAUAAAUGGAUGCAGUAUGACUCAACAAAACUCCCAAAAACUGCUGAAGAAUAUGACUCAACAAUAUUCAUUGAGAAAACUCAUUGGGGGUAUUAUCAGUGGCCAAAGAAAUUAAAAACUUAUGCUUUGCUGAAAGACGAUGAUUAUAAAAUUGAUAGAACUGUGGAUGAAAUGCCAGAGGAUGAAAAAGUAUUAUUUGAAUAUUUUUCUGAUCCUGCGUUUGUUUCUCAACUUAUGAAACUUCACGCUCUGGAAAAUGUGAAAGGAAAAGAUAAAUACGAUGGGAAAAGAGUCGAAAUGUUUAAGGGAUUAUUCCGCAACUUUGCAGACUCUUUUCUUGAAAAUUUUCGUAACGAACUGGAACAAUUAUCGAAGGAUUCUCAUGAAAGUAGCCAACGUGCUGUAGCAGAAUUAACAGCUGGGCUUGUUAUGGGAACAAAGCAUUGGAACUUUGAAAAGGUUAAUUCUCUCUGGCAAUGGUUGGUCCCUGUUCUUCAAUCUACUGUUGAUAACAUGAGUGUUGAAACACUGAAAGACUGGGAUCUGGCAUAUGGACAUAUGGUUCAAAAUCGUGAUCCUCGUAAACUUCAUUGGUUGUUUGAAUUCCUGAUGAAAGAUCCAUUGAGUGGGAAAGGCGGUUCAUUCAUGGAUGCAACCAGACUGUAUUUAAUACAGGGUGGAAUGCAUCAACAAGAAUGGAGAGUUUCAGAAAUACUUCACAGAUUGUUGACAGUUAUCGAAGAACGACUCGACCAUCAAUAUAAAAACGUCAGAGACAGAAUGGGAAGUGUUCUGGCAAGUAUAUUUUACUACGAUGUCACAAUUCUUGGCGAGCAUGAAAGAUUUCCACCGAAACGAGAAGCUUUUAUUGAAAGAAUAUUUCAUCGUCUUUCACCGAUAUCCAAGGAAGGAACUCACAUCGGAUCAAAAGCUUCAGAAACUGAUAUAGCAGGAGCAUGUUCUAGAGAAUUUCCAAUUUUUGAAAUGGCAGAGGAUGUUGUCAUGGCAACUGCUGCAUCUGAUAUAUCAGAAGUUGAACCACCGUUAUUAUUAGAUUCGGACAUACCUGAACAGGUGAUCAACCAGUUACAACAAGGAUUAAGAAAAAUGUUUUCAUCUGAUGGCGAUUUGUCCAAUCAAGACAAAGAAAUGAUGUUGAAACAAUUCAUGGAGCACCAGCAGCAAUUUAUACCACCAGGUGUCAAUCAAGAGCUGUUGAGAGAUAUUGCAUUCGGUAGAAGAUCACAAAGCCCCAAGUCAAACGCAGGUAUCAGAGACGAAUUGGAAUCUGAUGACUCCACAGCAACUUCUAGUGGCAGAGGUACAGGGAUAGUUGAUGAAGAGAGAAGUUCGGCAAUUCGUCUUUUAAAAACAUUGAUGAAAUGGAUAAUAAGUGCUCAGCGCGUUUGCCUGCAACCAACAAUAGCAGCUACCCUAAAAUUGUUGCCGGUCAUAUGUAAAAUGUCACCUGUUGACACCCAAGGUUCAGACGAAGAAUUGCAUCACGAUACUCGAGUAUCUUUAUCAUGUUUGGCCCAAAGCUACAUCCCACCGGAUCAGUUGAAACUCGUUGUGGAAACUAUAGGACAGAUUUCAGAAAGCAGUUCGUGGCAUGCUCGGCACACAAUAUUGAAGUUUUCUCAGAUUUUUAUUUUCAAUAACUUGUUCACAUUACAAGAGAAAAAAGAUUGCGUUGCUCUAAUUAAGGAGAUCAUUCUGAAGUUGGUUGCUGACGAUCAACUGGAGGUACGAGAAAUGGCGACGAAAACACUCAGUGGUCUCCUACAAUGCGGUUUGCUAUCUAUUGACGAUAGAUUGAAAGAAUUUAUCAAUAAAAAUUGUAAAAUUCGAGUCAAACGAAGCAAAAAAAUGAAGCCGGAAAGUGAAAAUAUUGUCAAAAAUUAUCAAGAAAAGUUACGAAAUCGUCAUGCUGGAGUAUUAGCAGUGAGUGCAUGCAUCUUAUCAUCGCCAUACUCAAUACCAGAAUAUCUGCCAGAUCUGCUCAUGCAACUCAGUAACCAUUUGCAUGAUCCACAACCGAUUGAGAGCACAGUGAAGAAGACAUUUUCAGAGUUUCGGCGAACCCACCAUGACACCUGGCAUCAAGACAAACUGAAAUUUACUUCUGAUCAACUUUCUAUUUUAACCGAUUUACUCGUUUCACCUUGUUAUUAUGCAUGAUUUCAUUCUUUUAGCUUUUUCUCUUCAUUUAUAGUCAAACAAGCCACAUAGACUGGUAACCGGACGAGAGGUCGUGAUCCGUCAUGUGAUCAAAGCCGUCUUCCCCAGAAUAAAUAUGUAAACUCUAUCCCAAACUUUAUAACCAUCCAAUUAAUUUACCGGUCGUUUAAAUUGGUGAUUACGAGUUAUUGUAUUCAAAAUGGUUCAUUUGAAUAAUCAUAUAUUAUUGAUAAUUUAAAUAUUGUGCUACAAUUGGGAUUUCACUUUGUGAAUGUGGAUAUGCACCAAUCAGUAAUAUCACAUCACUUAUUCUUAGUCUAAACACUAAAUUUGAUGGAACAUUUUGAAUUUAAGUUGUAAUUAUACAGGGGUCCUUGAAGUCUCUUUACAAUUUUGUUAUGAAGUCAGUUCUUUAUAUAUCUUAACCAGGUUUGUUGUUUUUUAAUCAGUAAUUGUUCAAGUAUUUUUACUUCAUUUAAUACAUCUGUGAGGGACAAAACAAUAUAUGGUAUCGUUAAUACCCUUUGGAAUUUAAAAAAAAUUCAAGUCUUUAUGAGCACCCUAUAUUAUGUUCCCCUAUAACAAUGCUAAUGAAUAUUGAAUAAUAUUAUAUUACAACACAUGAGUUGGACUGGGCAUUUUCGAAUAGUUGACGAUUCCAGAAUCGACUCGAAUGUUUUUUUUUCGAAUCUCCAAUACUUCGAAGGUUUGUAAUUGUAUGUGAUUUUUUAUUGUUAUGGUCUCCCAACCACAUAAAUUACCGAAAACAUAGAAUUCAUCACUCAGUCAGUUCUCUUAGCUGUCAGUGAUGUGACUUCACAAUUCCUACUUUCAAAGAUGAAUAUCAUCAACUAUUAGGAAAAUGAUCAGAACAAAACUUUUACUAUGCUUAAUGAGUAAGCUGUUAUAUUUUAUAACUCGUUAUUCCAGCGUUCGGUGACUGAAAGCACUAAUGAUAAUAAUAGUUUGUACAAGUUAUUCUUAAUCAUACAAUUGUUUUUCAUAAGUAAUCAGAUAAAAGGUAUAGCAAGAUCUUAUUUAUUACUUCUGUACUCCUGUAGUAUGUUUACCAUGUUAGGGUUAGGCCUUAAUUUUAUUCCGACUCUCCUUAUUUUAGUUCUAUUACGAGUUCGGGACUGUUUGUGUUAGCCAAAUGAAUAUAGGAGGUACAGGCCCAUAGGUUUCAGUCCUUUUACACAACUUGAUGUAAAACAGGCAAACUAAUUUAGAUAACCUCCUAUUGGUACACACUCCUAGAGCGCCAUUGUUUCUACUCAUAUCUUGUCACAUGUGUAAAUUUAUUGGCUCGUUCAGAGACUGUGUUAAUUCUAAUUCUACUUUGUAAUGAAAAUAUUUUGUCGGAUCAUGAAACAGUUUCUCUUUUUAACGUAAUCAGAUAAAAUGCAAAAUAUCUUUGGUAUUGUACUUUCAGUUAUAUUUUGGUCAUAAGCUUAUUUAUCUUUGCUCGUUUUCUCUCCGAAUAAGAAGUAGAAGCAAACUUAAUUGACAGUAUUUGUAAAAUAUAUCUUGCUGGUUUUAGGUAUUGGUCGGUUUUUAUAGAACGGGGGGAAAUGAAUCCGAAUGAAUUUUAUUGCUUUCAAUAAAGUACAAAAACUCGAUUAAAGUGACAAUA